UGGCGCUGGGUAGCAUUAUUGAACGAGCUGAGCAGAUAUUUCCGUUCUUCAACGAUUCCUGCCGAUUAGGCAGGUUACGUUCAAAUGUGAAGUCUACAAGGCACGCUGGCACUUUGGUACUAGUGCAUCACGAUUGGUACCUGGGUUGGCUUUCUUUCAGACCGAGCUGACUUGCCGACAUCCGUGCCUUGGACAGAAUGGGUGUGUAUGGUCGUGUUGGAUGAAUACACGUACCUAGGUACAUAUGUACCCACUCCAUUGGGUGACUACCUAGGUACGUAUAUCCUGUCAUGUCUCCAGGAUUUUUAGACGGCACAAAUACCAUCUCGCUGAACAUCAAUGUGGCCGAGAGAAUGUUCAUCAUCUCGUCAGCUCAAGGAGGCAUUCAGAGUUUUCAUGCUUGCAGUUAUUUGAUGGCCCUCUGAGUCUUCCCCUUUGCUUCUACCAGGAGUUGGCCUUGCUUCAUCAUCAUGACGAAGAGAGACAAGAAGCCGUCAACUAAUCCGCCAAAGGAUGAUGGUCCGAAAAAAACGACCAAGCCGAUCACCAAGCAAACUAUCAAGCUGGUUUCUCUACAACCCGACAAGCGGAAGACCAAGCAGAACACCAAGCAGACCACCAAGCAUAACAACAACCAGACCAUCAAUCAGAACCACGGUCAGCCCACCAGACGAAAUAGACCACCCGCUGGAUCAGCGAGAGGUAAUGCGAAGAAAAAUGGCACAAAGAACUUUAACUACCUUGUCGAAGAGUUGGAAUUGCCUGAUGGCAAAACGUACUUGGAGCUUGCGACAAGCCCCCUAGACACUGACGAACUCGGAGGAGGGGAGCAAACAUUUGAAUUUCAAGAAGGAUUCAUGGUGGAGGGAGACCAAACUCCUCUUUCCCCAUUCACAUGGGGGGCUGCUGCACAAAGCUCUGGAAGGACAAGAUCGAAAACAGUUUCCUGGCCUCUAGUAUUUUCCUUGCUGUCAGACCCCACUGAUGCGGACGCACCGCUCAAGAACAAGAUUGCCAUCGUGAAAGACAAGGGGCCUGACGACGAUGAGCCCGUCGACGAGAAUUACUCGUACAAUUUGUUCACAUAUGCGGAUGCCUCUCAACAGUCUAGCAACAAAUAUGUGUUUUCCGGAAGCAACCAAUCUGUCAUACCAGGUGGCCACGUCAUGUCUAACACCUUCAUCCCGCUUAAGAUCUUGGACACCCGGCUUUGCGGUGACUGGCCGGGGCGCCAACAGGCCUAUACGCGAGACUGGCUGACAUUUUGCGCUUUUACUGUCGCUCUCGAACUGGAGAAGCCCGAUCAGGACCAACGCAAUAUUCAUGACUUGCUACCGAAUGAACUUGUGCCAAAGUAUCAGGAUCCCGAAGAACUGAAAAGAAAGCUUUCUCAGUGGGAUGGAUCGCACUUGGUAGCCCGAGACAGUGCUGGGAGCGUCCCGGCCAUGGCCGGCGCCAAGUUUCUUUAUCAUCUUCUACAUCGCGAUGACAUGAAGUCGAUGUCGGCGUCGAAGUUGGCAAGACAUAUUUUCAUCCGGUGGUGCCUUGUUGCUCAUAUUGCCGCCUCUGUCGCAAAGGAGCCAUUUUCCGUCAAGGCGCGAUUCUGGAAGAUUCCCAAAGAAGCUGUCCUCAACCGCAAUUCGGAGCUGGUCUAUCAGAUGGUGCCAGAUCUGUUGACAUGGACCGUCAAAUCCGAAAUUUUGCGAGACAAGAGCAUAUCCAAGGAUCUGAUUAACUCCCUAAAACUUUUCGAUAAUCAGGGUCACCGGAAGAAAAUCAAUGAAAAGUGGGGGAAGUUCAUGACCAUGGUCUUUGAUGCAGCCACUGUGCCGGGCAUAAAAGCCCGACUCGCACUCCCCACGGACAACCUGCAGAACAUGGUCUUGCUCGGCUCUCAUCCUCAGGGUUACUACAACACGUACAUUGAGAAAAACGACCUGAAAUUGUUGAUUUCGAAGGGCUAUACGUGGGGCAGCAGCCAUCCGUUUCCCACCAACAUGCAGCCUGAUGCCAUUGUCCCUUUUCCCAGAGGCACAAGACUGAUCAAGCCCAGUGUCUAUGCCACUAAGCCAACGACCAUUUCCAAGACAAAUAUCAAGAUUGCAGGCAACUGGCCCCGGAUACGAACCCAGAAUGCUGUUAUGGACAACAUCAGCGCAAACGAGGCAAGUCAUAUCCGGAAUGGGAAGCCAGACUCUGCACAAGAGCCGGAAAACCUUGUGUUUGGGACUUUCGAAGCCAACACCGAGAUGAUAAGGUUCGAGUCUUAUCUGAAGCGAAUCGCCAAUGGGACGUUCAAGACUGAGACCGAGGUGACGCUGAGAACAGAAGUGAGCACGCAUGACAGCAAGGUCGGUAACGGUAAGAGUCUACCAUGGCUCACUCCGCAACUGUUCUACCAAUGGAGUUUCCAUCUCAACGAGAUCUGCGGCUCCGCAGUCCUCAAAAACCCAACGCAGGGGCAGAUCAGGAGGGUCAAGACUUUUGAUCUCUUCUCCCAGAGUCACCCCAUGCUGUUUGAGGUAGACGUUGAUGAAGUAUUCGAUGCAAAGCUAGCCGACGCGGACAAGGAGUUGAGGGAUGUAGUGGCCCUGUUUUUGUUCUCCCAGUCUGAGCUUGGGGCUGCAUACAACACCAACGCCAACGUACGAAGCAGGCUCUAG